CAACAGUAAAAAGAAGGCUGGAAGAGAUUUUGUGGGUAAAAUACUUUUCAGCUAUGAAAUGAUAACUACAGGUCAAUGCUCAGUGGAAGGCCCAGAUCCCUGUCAUUUGCUUGAAGAAAAGACAGAGGAAGCAGAUCGGUCUGUCUUUUGAGAAUCCGUAGGCGAGCGAGUAAACUCCCACUGCCAUCAAUUCUACUUGCUAGCAUGCAAUCACUGGAAAAUAAAAUUGAAGACUUACAUUUAUCAUACCAACGGGAAAUUAAGAACUGUAAUAUCUUACGUUUCACCGAGUCGUGGCUGAAAGACGAAACGGAUAAUAUCAAGCUGAGGGAUUUUCAAUACACCGGCAGAACAGAGAAGCUACGUCUGUGCAUUGCUUUGUAGCCACACGUGCUCGAUCCAACAUGUCAGCGCCUGUUGGGACGAUGUCCGAAGACUCAAGCAGUGAAGAUGAAGAUCUAGAACAUUUUAAGGAAGCAGCUUGGAGUUUUGGCACAUAUGGAACUAAUGGCACACACAAUGCCAGCCCGGCAGAUGGGGUAAGCAAUGUCAAGCAAUCCCGUCGUGUGGCUGUAUCUAAACAUGAACAUGAUGGGAACGAGUUGCAGACGAUCCCGGAGUUCCGUGCGCACGUUUCAAAGAAAUUAGGGGCUCUGCUUGACAGUUGUAUUUUAGUGAUAUCUGCAGAAACAUCAAGACCCUGCACAGAGUCAACCAAAUGUGAAGAUGGUUUUGAAGGUUUCCGGCUGUUCACCACAUCUGUCCCAGGAGAGUUUACCAUUGAUCCCCCUCCUCCUCCUGUAAGGCGCAGGCCCAUCCCCAGCUCAAGUGACAGUGACAGUGAAAUGGAGAUGAGACUGAGAGAGGCAGCAGUGUCAGUCACAGACCUCCUAUCAUCAGCUCUCCCCAGCGAGAUUACACAUUCCCUGCCGGAGUCCCCCAGCUCAGAGAAAAUGAAGAAGAACAACAACAACAAAGGAGAGGCAGAAAGAGAGGACCAUAAUAACAGCCCUGUCCCAAAGAAAAAUAAGAAAAGGAAAGCUCUCCAGGGGGAGUGUGGAGAGGUAGAGCACUGUGGAGAAUCCUCAACUAAUGCUAAAUCCUAUGAGGAGCAGAAGAGGCCAGGAGAGGACAUUCUACCCCUGAAGAAGAAGAAGAAGAAAACAAAGGCACCGAUGAAAGAUGAAGUAUAAAAGCACUGAGAGACUUGUGUGCUGUUAUUUGGGAUGUUGGCUGUUUGUUCCAUACUUGUGAGACCUGUUGUACUUGGGAAUCUUAUCACUGAUUAUAAGAUGGUCAGGUCAUACACUUAUAUCACAGCAAUUUUGUACUAUGUAGAUUGCAUUCCAGAAAAUAACAAUGUGAUCUUUCAGAAAUGUGAAAUAAGUCUUUCACAAGAUAUUUGAUGACCGUUUUCUCUACCCAAAACACAAUUUGUUCUAUGCCUUGUUUUGUAAAGAACGUUGUUUACACUGAAUUCGACUUACAUGUAAAUUUAUGAACAGGACACUACAAUCCUUUUUUAUUAACAAUUCUCUGUUGAUAACGUA